AUGCCUCUUUCCGAAGAAGCUUCAGAUGAACUGGAGGCAUUGGAAGGAAUCUUUGGCAGCGACUUCCACUGGGAUGGCUCCAAAUUGAAUCUUAAUGUUGCACCUGAGGAGGAUAGCGAAGGCUUUCGGUACGCCAGUGUGCAACUCUUGGUGGAGCUGCCUGAUGGCUAUCCUGCAACUGAGGGACCUUCUGUGCAGAUACAGCCAGAAGAAGGUGACCUAGACUUGUCGCAGCUCCAUGAUGUGGUGAAGAAUGCAGCGGCCGAUGCUGCAGGAAGCGUGGCGCUGUUCAUGGUUGCAGAAGCGGUGAGGGAUUGGCUUCGCGAGUUCGGACGGAUGGAGCGGAUCCCGGAGCCGGAGGAUAAGGACAUUGGCAUUGAAGAUGACUUCGACGUGGACUCCGAAGACCUCGACGGCGAGCUGAUUGAUGCAUUACUAGAAGUUCUCAAAGGUGAUGCUGCUCGAUGUAAAGAGCUGAAGCGCAUUCGUCGCAUGGGCGCUGUAGAGCAGAAGGUUGCUUUGAGAGCACAGCUCAAGAUGCUCAGCCCGGAGGAGCGUGAAGCGCUGGUGGGAUCCGACUCUGAAAGUGACCAAGAGGAAGAGGUGCAGGCACCUUCUGUGAAGCUUGCUCCGGCUCAGAUCGAGUGUUCUGCCGGGCACGAGCUGACAGCUUUCUCCGCAAGACCACCCGAUUAUCGGAAGUUUGACGGAGACGAGUAUACCUGCGAUGUGUGCGGCCAGGAUGGCGAGUAUCGCUAUGGUGUCUACCAUUGCACGAAGUGCUUCCAGCAAGGACUGGGAUGA